AUGCUUGCGGAAGAGUGCAAGGCAUUACUAGAUGCUCUCAAUAAGGUGACAGCAUGCUACAGGCAUCUUGUGCUCACCAUAGGUGGGACAUCCGACUCCCAGAACCUACGCGAGGAGUUGAAGAAGACCAGGCGGAAAGCCCAGGAGUUGGCGGUGGCCAACAGGAACAAACUGACCAGUACCCUCAAGGACACCAGCCUGAGCAAGGACGACAAAGCGGAAUUUGAGAGGCUAUGGGUCAUCUUCUCCACCUGCAUGGAUAUCCUAGAGACUGACAUGAGAAGAGCUUUGGAGCUUGGCCAUGAGUUCCCGUUAAACCUCCCCAAAAAGCACCUCAUACAGAGUGGCAUGAGCGGUGGCACGUCCGGGGUGGCCGCCAGGGCCAUGAGCGUCCAGAACAUGAAGUACGAUGCCGAGCACAACAUUGAUGUCAUGGACCUCAAGGAUCUGGAGAACGAGAUCAAUCAAGUAGGUGAGAUGAUGUACGAAAUGGAAAUGAAAGUCAGUGUGCCGCAGUGGACCGUGGAAGCCAAGCAAGACCCCGGUGCCGAGCUCAAGCUGGCCGCCGGUGCCGGGGCAUCCUCACCGGGCACCAUCUCGACGGAAGAGCACAAAACCAUCUGCGACCUAAGCAAAAUCCUAGCCAUCGUGGUCUUCAGCUCCGUUCUUUUAAUUGCCGUCAUACUGGCCAUUUGCGUCGUCAAACUUUCGUAA